CAAGAUGGAAGCAGGUGGUUGUCAAGCAUCGGUAUCGAGUUUACAUUUAUUCAAAUAUUGUUCACGUGUUAUACUUUAAAGUUGUGUGAAAUGUUUUAUGCGGACGGUGACUGUAAGAAUGGAUCAUAAUUGGAGGUAGCAUUUAAAAACCAUCUCUACAAGAGAGAGAUGAGCAGUCUUCCUAACAACAGUUACAACAGCAGUAGCAGAGAGUUGUCCCCCAUACCAUCUGACAGUGACACCAUUACACCUAGCAAUGAUCUGGACAAACACAGCCCUUUGCAGUCUCGAGUUGCCAAACAAACUGACGGUGGCCAUGGAGAAACUGACAGCAGAACUUCAAACAGCAGGUUAGAAAACAUAGAUGACCAAGGUGUAGAAAAAAGAGAAGAGAUGUCAAGCAUGGAUCAGGAUGUUGCUACCAGUGAGGGAGGUGCUAAAGGAAAAGAUGGGGAAGGUGAUGCCAGUGUCGCGUCUGCUUCCACUCCAGUGCAAGAGAUUCAUAUUGUUGAUGAGGCAGUAGAUGUCUCUGAUACAGGUGCUGGUCAGGAAACGAAGUCCGAUACCCAAAUUCCUCGACUACUCAUUGUGUCCAGCAAAGUGAAGAAUAGUUCUCUCAUGCAGAGUGCUCUACUUCCUAAUGUUACCAUUGUGCAAUAUAAGUAUGAAAACUCAACACUUGACAGUAUUUUAGGCUUAGUUGCUCAGAGCCUUGGUUCCAAAAAAGUGGAAAGUAUAGCACUUAUCAUGCACAGCACAGGUCGCUGUAUUCAUCUCUGUGGGGUAGAAGAAAAGCUUGUGACAAAGGAGAAUAUACUAGAGCAUGCCAGCAUAAGAGAAUUUUUUACAACACUGUCAACAAACCAUUUAGACAAAAGCUGGGUGAAUUCUCGACUGGACUUUUUAGGCUGCAAUACUGCACAGAAUGUAGAUGGAGGAAUCAUUGCUAAUAUCAUUGAAGAUUUAGUUGGGGUGCCAGUUGGCAUUUCCAAAGACAUUAGUGGUAAUGAUAUACCUAUGGAAAGGAUUGCUGUGGAUUCCGAAACUCCAGUAUCCUGUGUAGGAGAGCUCUACUUUAGAUUAGAUAAACUUAAAAAGUGGGGGCAACAGAGUCUGUCUGGAUUUGAAAAAAUCAGGACUGUUGGGAAAGGUGCCUAUGGUACAGCAGUAUUGUACCGUAAGAAAGAUGAUGAUUCCUUAGUUAUAUUGAAAGAGAUUAACAUGCAUGACCUCAAUGCUAGCGAGAGGCAACUCGCACUGAAUGAGGUGAAAGUUCUGGCAAUGCUGGACCACCCAAAUAUCAUCAGUUACUAUGACAGUUUUGAGGAGGACGGCACUCUCAUGAUUGAGAUGGAAUAUGCAGAUGGAGGCACACUGGCUCAGUUUUUGAGCUCUCAAGAAAAGCCGCUUGAAGAGAAAGAAAUCCUUGGCAUGUUUCAGCAAAUGGUUGCUGCCAUAAGACACAUACAUGAACACAAUAUAUUGCACAGAGAUCUUAAGACAGCUAAUGUUUUCCUUACUAAAGAAGGUGUUGUAAAAAUGGGGGAUUUUGGUAUCUCUAAAAUGAUGACCACAGCUGCCAAAGCAAACACAGUAUUGGGGACCCCAUAUUAUAUUAGUCCUGAAAUGUGUGAAGGAAAGGCGUACAAUGACAAAUCAGACAUAUGGGCUUUGGGAUGUAUUCUUUAUGAAAUGGCUUGUCUUCAGAAAACCUUUGAGGGUUCAAAUCUUCCUGCACUAGUCAAUAAAAUUAUGAAGGGUCAAUUUGCCCCAGUGAAGGGCAACUACAGUCCCGAGUUCAAAGCUGUCAUCAGAGAUAUGUUGGAGAAGGAGCCGCAGUACAGACCUUCAGCAUAUGAACUGAUGUACAAGAAAAUUCCUCCACUAAUGGAGAGGUUUCUUGACCCUGUAACAGACAUAGAAGAUGACCUCACUACCUCCACUGAGAGCAGUACCAUGAAGCUGAGGAAGAAAACCAGGUCAGUUUUAUAUUACCUAGAGACGUGGGACAUGAAACUUCACCCAGUUGAUCUUCCAGCCAAAGUCAGGAUAAGAGAGGUUGCUGUUGGUGCUGAUCAUGUGAUUGUAGUGACCAAUGAGAGAGUAGUUUACACAUGGGGUGAAGGGGGCAAAGGUCAGCUAGGACAUGGUGAUCAAGAGUCUCUAACUAAACCAGAAAUGGUAGAGGCGCUAAAGGGGAAGUCAAUUACAAGGGCGUGCUGUGGGGAUUGUUUCAGUGUAUUUGCCAGUGAUAACGGCAUCAUCAUGACAUGUGGGGAUGGUUCUAAUGGCUGUCUGGGCCACGGAGACUGGUACUCCAACUCCAGACCAAGGCUUAUAGAGGCUCUCCUCAG